AUGGCUUUUAUUCACAGCGGCUCAGAAGAAUGCACGAAAUCCGAACUAGACCUGUUCCAAAUAGCCCCUACUCAAACUAGCAUUGAGAGAUGCCUAUAUAUCGAAGUCCCACCCCUGGCGGCCUUAUCAGAAACAGCACCGCUGGACUUUUUCAUCGCUGGAAAUGGUGAAGAUUACAUGGAUUUAAAUAACACCCUACUUUAUCUGUGCUGCAAAAUUGUGAAAGAAGAUGGGACAAACUUGGACAGAGAUGCACGGGUAAGUCUGGUGAACUACCCAAUAGCGUCCAUCUUUAGUCAGCUGGAUGUGACACUGGGAGACCGCCUCAUCAGUCAGAGUAGCAACUGCUAUCCUUACAGGGCAUUUAUAGAAUCGGUCCUCAAUUAUAGCAAUGACACGCUAGCCACACAGUUCUCUGCAGGCCUGUUUUACAAAGACACGCCUGGAGGACAUGAGUCAACAGACGUGCCUGGAAAUAAUGAAGGGUUUAUUAAAAGAGCCACCUUCACAGCCGAAAGCCGAAAAAUAGAUUUGCUGGGACGCCUUCACAGCGACCUAUUUUUUCAAGAAAAGCUGCUGCUAAAUGGAGUUGAUGUUAAGAUUAAACUGACACGUAGCAAAGAUGCCUUUUGCCUCAUGACAGAUGGUCCGAACAGGGGUUGCAAAGUACAAAUCGUGGCAGCCUCCCUUUUUGUAAAGAAAGUAAGAGUAGCCCCUGGUGUCCGUUUAGGCCACGCAGAGGCGCUCUUUACAGCUAAUGCCAAAUACCCUGUGGAUCGCGUUGGCAUGAAGGUGUUUAGCAUCCCUGCUGGAAGCCGUGUCAGCAACCAGGAGAAUUUGUUUUUGGGACAAUUGCCCAAGCUGUUAGUUAUUGGACUGGUGGAUAACGAUGCCUUCAGCGGGGCCCAUAAUAAAAAUCCAUUUAACUUUAAACACUACGACAUCAAUUUUGUGGCUCUCUACAUGGAUGGCGAACAGGUACCUGCUAAGCCUCUGCAACCGGACUUUGCAUCGGGAAACUGCGUGAGGGAAUACAUGCAUCUCGUUCAGGCAGCUGGUAAACAUAUGAAAGACAGAUCUUUGUUAGUUAACCGUGAGGAGUUUGCCCAGGGCUACACGCUGCUUGCUUUUGACCUUUCACCAGAUCAGGAAUGUGCAGACCACUAUUCCUUGAUUAAAACAGGGAACCUGCGGGCUGAAGUACGCUUUGCUAGAGCAUUGCCGCACACCGUCAACAUGAUUGUCUAUGGUGUUUUUGACAACGUUAUAGAGAUAAACCAUAGGCGAAAUGUUUUAUUUGACUAUAUGUAA